AUGAAAGUAGCAGCAGAAACUGCUGUGGCACUUGCAUAUUUGCAUAUGGUUCCAAUUAUACUCGGAGAUAUAAAGAGUGCGAACAUAUUGCUCGACCAAACUUAUACUGCAAAAGUGUCUGAUUUUGGAGCCUCCAGAUUUGACACACUUGAUGAUUCUGUGCUCACUACAUUGGUGCAAGGAACAAUAGGAUAUUUGGAUCCUGACUAUCUUCAUUUUGGCCAAGGAGUUCAAUUUAGACAUAAUCAAGUUACGGAAGAAGAUGAUUCUGGUGUUUUUUCACCACCUCUAUGGAAAAAUGGUCCCAGCUCACCAAAAAGUCCUUCACACCCCCUCCUCCACCAACAGAAUUACAGGGUAUAUUCCCCAAAUUCAAGAGCACAAGCUAUUGCUAGAGGGCAGUGGGAACUUAUGGAAAUGGUGAAGAGUAUGCCUGAAUCUUCUUAUGAACUCUCCUUGAAGGAUCUUGUUGAACAUCAUAGAAUAGAAACUCAAAAUCAAGAUCAGGAUCAAGCAGAAAGAUUGAAUAAAGAGAAAAAUCAUGGGAUUCGGGGUUUACAUCAGAGGUCAAAGAAAAAUGAAAAGAUGAUUAGAAACGGGAGUUUUGACAACAGGGGAUUGUUUCUCAAAAUGGGAUUUCCUACUUUUUGGAAAUCGAAGAAGAAAAGGAGUGUUGUUAAGAGUUAUAGCGGCAAAGUUUCGCCUAAACCUGAGGGAUCGUUUGAUAAGGACUGGUGGAUGAAACGAUUUUCCGGUUCAAGCGACAGUGAUAGCAGCAGAAGUAAAACCGGCAGCAGUGGCAGCACAGGCUGCGGGAGCGGCAGUGUACGCAAAGACAGCAGCAGGAAAAGAAAUGGUUUCUUAAGCAGCUGCUUGCCCUGUUUUCAAUCCAGGAGAAACAAACCUGAAGAGUAG